UAGAUGGCUUGUUCAAGUUGUUGUUUCGAUUUACUAUGUCUAUGGAUCAGCAUCGAGGGUAUCAGCCUCUCAGGGUAUCACAAUCUCAAAGUUCAAUACUUAUAUAAGGGGGAUCACUGAAUUAACUUGAAUGUGUAAUUGAAAACAGACCAAUUCAACAAUUGCAAUGAAUACUGAAUGGUGAACAUUUCAGCUUAAAUCGUUAUACAUACGUACGGUUCUAUCCUAAGGUCUAGGUUAUGAUACGAUUUAUUUGAUUAUAUCACAUUAGUUCAUACUGAAGUAUAGUAUUUUGAACAGAGGGCACUUGCUGAUGAUAUGAAAUGGAUUUUGUGAGAAAAAGAAAACUGUCUGGAACAGAAAAUCAGUUGGAUCCAAGUUCCAAACAAAAAAUAAAAGUCUUGUUUGAUAAAAAGUUUAAAUAUGAAAAGUCUGACAACUGGCAGUUGCCAUCACUAAUACACAAAGGAUGCAAACAGUGGGCACAUCCACUUCUUCAGAGAAUGAAGGAAAAACUGAACAGUGUGAAAGACAAGUUGAGUGAUAAGGAAAUUUAUUCAUGGCAUGAACACACAAAAUUCAUGAACAUUGCAGGCAAUGUUAUAUCUACUGUGAAACAAGUGAUUCACCCAGAACUUUGUACACAAGCGUGGUGCAAAUUUUAUGAAAUUUUGUCUGUGUAUCCCCUGAUUAAUUAUGAGCUUGAGACGUUAAACACGGUUCAUCUCUGUGAAGCACCUGGGGCUUUUGUGACAAGUUUGAAUCAUUAUCUUGUUACUAAUGGUAAGUAUAUUGAAAGUUAAUCAGUCUGAAUCAUUAUCUUGUUACUAAUGGUAAGUAUUGAAAGUUAAUCAGUCUGAAUCAUUAUCUUGUUACUAAUGGUAAGUAUUGAAAGUUAAUCAGUCUGAAUCACUAUCUUGUUACUAAUACUGAGUAUUGAAAGUUAAUCAGUCUGAACCACUAUCUUGUUACUAAUGGUAAGUAUAUUGAAAGUUAAUCAGUCUGAAUCAUUAUCUUGUUACUAAUGGUAAGUAUUGAAAGUUAAUCAGUCUGAAUCACUAUCUUGUUACUAAUGAAUCCCGUGGGGAUCCGGGUUAGAAUAGGUUCUCAGUACCUCUUUCUUGUCGUAGAAGGCGACUAAAUGGGGAGGUCCUUCGGAUGAGACCGCAAAAACCGAGGCCCCGUGUCAAAGCAGGUGUGGCACAAUAAAGAUCCUUCCCUGAUCACAGGCCAUAAGUGCCGAGCAUAGGCCAAAAUUUUGCAGCCCUUGGCUUCACUGGCAGUGGUGACGUCUCCAUAUGAGUGAAAUAUUCUCAAGAGGGACGUUAAACAAUAUUCAAUCAAUCAAUCUUGUUACUAAUGAAUAUCAAGGAACAUGGACAUGGUUAGGAAGCACCUUGAAUCCCUACUAUGAGGGAAACCCCCUGGGUAAGAUGAUUGAUGAUGACCGCUUCAUCAAGGGGAGCGUGGAUUACUGGUACUUUGGGGAGGACAACACAGGAAAUCUCAUGGACAUCAGUAACUACGAGGGCCUCCUUACUGUCGCAUCUACAAUGGGAAACAUUCAGCUGGUUACAGGUGAUGGUUCCAUUGACUGCCAGGAUGACCCAGGAGAACAGGAGCAGAUCGUGUCCCUUCUCCAUUACUGUGAGGCCCUGGCAGGGAUACUUAUUCUCUCCCCUGGAGGCAACUUGGUUUUGAAAAAGUUCACUAUGUUUGACAGCGAGACUGUCAGUUUGAUGUAUAUACUGUGCUGCUUAUUUGAAGAGGUAAAUGUUUUCAAACCUGCAACGAGCAAAAGUGGAAAUUCUGAAGUGUAUGUAAUAUGUUUAAACUUUCAUGGACUUGGAGAAAGAAUGAAUGAAUUUAGACAAUUCUGCAAACCAUUUUUUGAGGAUGGGAGGCCUGACUUCAGAUUCCCUGAGAACUGUCUCCCUCCCGAGUUCAUGUCUGAACACAUCAGGAUUUGUACACAGUUCACAGAUCUACAGAUGGAGACAAUUGACUGUAACUUGAACCACUAUCCUUGUGUGUCUGAACAUUACAUUCAGUGGAUGGAAAGUGUUAAAGAUGCCUGUGCUGAUUUUUUCUUAAACACGUACAAUCUUCAAUCUAUCCCAGGACAGAGGAAGAUGCUGCCAUACAAAAAGAAAAAGAAAACUGGUAAGGGUUGGUCUCAAGACAAAUUAUUUCCUGCUGUGGUAGUAGAAAAGUACAGGAAAGGAACUUUCAAUGACAGACAGAAGUUAGUGGGAGCAUCUCUACAGGAACAAAUAAAAUUGAUUGAUCCAUACAAAGUAGAAAAACCAAAGGCGUUUUGUUUUCAGUCAGGGCUGGAACCUGUUACAGAGAUAGAAAGCUGGACUUUAUCACAUGGAAGGCCUGUCAUGGAAGUACAAAGUUCCUGCUUUUGUGCUGGAAAGCUCGUGCAACAAAUCAAUCUUUUGCAGAGAUAUCACAGAUCUGAUGUGGAGAUCAUGGACCUGGUUGUAGAAGCUUUGUCUGUAUUGUAUUCAGAGAUUCACGUUCCACUGACACUUGCUAUCAGCGACACAGUUCAGAAGCAUGUUACUCUACAGAACAUCCAGGAUGUGGUCUUUGUGAACAAGUGUAUUAGUGUGCAUUCCUUAGACGUUGGACAUGAUGAAAAUGUCUGCCAUGUGAUGGGGGUUUGCUCACCAAAUGAAUUGGGGUCUCAAAUUUUCUUACUGGAAGAAGUUAUUUUUCUGCUUCAGAAUAUUAAAGCAGGAAGUUCAUCUGUUUGGAUAUUUCCUGCCUGCCUCCUGAGAUGGACAGCUGGAGUUGUCUUUCUUCUAUCAGUCUGUUUUCAAAAGGUGCUACUGGUUCCCUCCCCUUCUUCAUCGCUAAAUCAGGCUCUAGUGUGUGCGCGCUACAAAGAAGACACAUCUUCUAUUUUAUCCCACAUGGAGAAGGUUGUCGAAAGAUCAAAACAAGACACGCUACUGGAGAUCGUCCCCAUUCAAAUAUUACUUAACGAUGAGGAAUUUACUUACUUUUUAAGAAACAGCAAUGAAUAUCUGAUCAAAUGCUUCAUUAAUGAAUCCCUGCAGAGAAUUCAGAGAGAAAGAAAAUGAGUGAAUUCAUGUUGUGACCAAAAGCUAUUAGAUGUGGGCUUUUUUCAAAGGCAGCUCUGUUCCUUCAAAAGUGUAUUAAUAUUGCGAUAUAUCCCAAAGGCAGACAAACUACGUUUUCUAUGACUUCAAUUUCUUUCAAUAUACAAAAUGAAGCCAAAUAAAAUGUUUAUAAAAA